GCUCUAUUAUAAAAAAGAGGUUUUGUAUGCCUGUCAAGGAUAGGAUGCAACUGAAAGAGAAAAAAGCAUUUUGCGGAAAGUAUCUGGAUCUUCUUAUUUAACACCUAUUGUCAUCAUUGAUGCUGAAGGACAUGAAGAGAAUAUCCUUGCUCAUAACAGUGUUGUGUCAAGACUCUGUAACAACGAGAAUAAAAGCCUGGCUCUCAAGAGAGCUAAUAACCCUAAACGGUGCUAUGACAGGACCCUUAAGUAUGGUUUUUGCUACCCUUUAUCUAUAUCUAAACAAACGAGUCAACUCGGAGUGUCAUACGUAUUGUCUUGUUGCCCCUUCAAGGUUUUGUAAGUUAGAAUCUGGUUUCGAAAAGGGUUUUGAUUUUUGCACAGCAAAAAAUUACAAUUUUUUUUAUAACAAAAAGUUACGAUUUUUUUGACAGCAAAAUGUUAUGAUUUUGCACCUUAAGCAAGAAUGACUAAAAUCAGUUAAUUUCGGAGCGCCUCGGUAUUUACACAUCACAUCUACUAGGUAUAAUAUUUGUUAU